GGCCGAGAAUUUUUUGUAAAAAAAAAAAAAAACUCUUAAAAACUCGCAGAGUGGAUUUUUUUUUUCUGUCCUGAAAAAGUUGAAUUGAAUCUGAAAAACAGAUGAAAAGUUCUGCAGAAUUUUAAACUCAUAACCUCCUCUUCUCUUUUUCUCCUUCUUCCUCCUCUUAUUUUUUCCUCACCGCCUCGUUUCAGACUUCGAGGUUUCAGUGAAGAAAAUGUCGCCCAAUCAGAAGCCUCGGUCCAUCCUGUAGAUCACAUUUUUUUUUCUGCUGGACUUUUUCCCUGUAGAGUUUUUCUUCUUCUUGUUUUCGCGGCUGUGCUGCAGCGUCGGUGGUCGCGGCGUCGGGGCCCCUGAGAUGUUUGGGAUCCAGGACAACCUGCCCCGCGGGGCCACAGCCAACAUGAAGGAGGAGCCGCUGGCUGUUCGCUCCUGGAUGCACUCGGCCGGCGUGGUGGACGCCAACACGGCCGCUCAGAGCGGGGUGGGGUUAGCUCGUGCUCACUUUGAGAAGCAGCCUCCAUCCAACCUGAGAAAGUCCAACUUCUUCCACUUCGUGCUGGCUCUGUACGACCGCCAGGGUCAGCCCGUUGAGAUUGAACGCACCGCCUACGUCGAUUUCGUGGAGAAGGAAAAGGAGCCGACAGGAGAGAAGACCAACAACGGGAUCCACUACAAGCUGCAGCUGCUCUACAGUAACGGAGUAAGGACGGAGCAGGACCUGUACGUCCGCCUCAUCGACUCCAUGACCAAACAGGCAAUCAUCUAUGAAGGCCAGGACAAGAACCCGGAGAUGUGCCGAGUUCUGCUGACACACGAGAUCAUGUGCAGUCGCUGCUGUGAUAAGAAGAGCUGCGGAAACAGGAACGAGACGCCGUCAGACCCCGUCAUCAUCGACAGGUUCUUCCUCAAGUUCUUCCUGAAGUGUAACCAGAACUGUCUGAAAAAUGCAGGAAACCCACGAGACAUGAGGCGGUUUCAGGUGGUGGUGUCAACAACGGUGAAUGUGGACGGUCACGUUCUCGCCGUUUCCGACAACAUGUUCGUACACAACAACUCCAAACAUGGCCGCCGAGCCCGGAGACUGGACCCGUCUGAGGCCACUCCCUGCAUUAAAGCCAUCAGUCCCAGCGAAGGCUGGACGACGGGCGGAGCCACCGUCAUUCUGAUUGGAGACAACUUCUUCGAUGGCCUUCAGGUCGUCUUUGGCACCAUGUUGGUGUGGAGUGAGCUGAUAACCCCUCAUGCUAUUCGGGUCCAGACUCCUCCCCGUCACAUCCCUGGAGUCGUCGAGGUCACGCUGUCCUACAAGUCCAAGCAGUUCUGUAAAGGAGCACCAGGACGAUUCGUCUACACAGCACUGAACGAGCCCACCAUUGAUUACGGCUUCCAGAGGUUACAGAAGGUCAUCCCUCGUCACCCCGGAGACCCGGAGAGGCUACCCAAGGAGGUGCUGUUGAAGAGAGCAGCAGACCUGGUGGAGGCACUCUACGGAAUGCCUCAUAACAACCAGGAGAUCAUCCUGAAACGAGCGGCGGACAUCGCUGAAGCUCUCUACAGCGUUCCCAGGAACCACAACCAGAUCCCAUCACUAGGCAACACCACUUCCCAUGGCAUGAUGGGAGUCAACUCCUUCAGCGGGCAGCUCGCCGUCAACGUCUCUGAGACCACGCAAGUUGGCUACAGUCGAAACACCAGCAGCGUGUCACCGCGAGGAUAUGUACCAAGCUCCACCCCCCAACAGAGUAACUAUGGUAAUACAGUUAGCAACAGCAUGAAUGGCUACGGCAACACGGGCAUGCCAAACCUUGGAGUGGCAACAUCGCCGGGUUUCCUCAAUGGGUCGUCGGCCAAUUCGCCCUACGGCAUUGUUCCCUCCAGUCCGACCAUGGCCGUCUCUAACUGUAACUCCUCACAUGGAGUUUUUUCCUUCUCGGCUGCCGUCAAACAGAAGAGCGCCUUUGCUCCCGUCGUCCGGCCGCCAGCCUCGCCUCCCCCUCCACCCAACUGCUCUGCCAACAAUGCCAAUGGGCUGCAAGCCAUGUCCGGCCUCGUCGUUCCUCCGAUGUAGAAAAUCUUCCUUCUCAUCCCUCACCUAUCUCCUCCCCUCAGCCACGAGCACUAAUCACCUCAGAGGAGGAGAGGCCUGUGGCCUAAGGAGGCGGGGCCGCAGCUGACCAGUCAGGACAGAGUAGUGAUCCUGUCGUCUGUGACUGGGCGGAGCCUCCGGUCUCUAAAGAAGAAACUGAAAAGCAGUUUUUGUAGAGCAGUUUUCUGCAGGUGCUUUCAGCUCUCUGUAAUUAUGAUGUUAUACUCUGUGUUUGGGGGCGGGGUCAGUUGAUGUAAAAACUGUAAUGUCACACCUGAGACUUCACUUCCUCUGCUUGAGAUGCAUUUUAGUUGAAGAAAUGGGAAUUUUAAGAUUAGUGAGAUUAAAGGCUUCAAAUAACAGAAAAAGGUUAUUUUUAAUAUAAUUCAUCUAGUAUUCAGGGUGCUGAUGGCGCUCUUCAGCAGAUAAUGACUGUGUGAUGUGAUGAAUACCUCUGAAAAUACCUGAGUUUAGGUGAAGCUCAGUGGGGGGAGGACAAACACUACCUGGUUCAGGAUUUUGUUUUUGACCAAGUCUACAGAUGAUCUUCCCAAUAAUCCAGGACAUCCCAUCACAUGGGCAUCAAACUUUUGCAAACAUUUAGCAAAGCAUAAGUCUUACUUUUGAAUAAACUUACAGACAAGAGGGAAGAAGGAAGCUGAAGAACAUGGAAAAAUAGAAACCUUCUAAUGAAAUGCAUGUAGGAAAGAGACUUCCAAAGUAGGAACAGGACAUGUCAGGCAAUGGAAAGCAGGGUAGGAGGUACAUCUCCAGACGAGGACCAAAGAAGAAAUGAAAACUUAGAUAAAAAGGGAAACAGAGAGGUUAAAGAUCCAACAAACAAGUUGGACACUCUGUUCAGGGAAAACUAAAGAUGGUUAUUGAAGGAGUUAGGAAGAAGGAUGCACUCUAGCUAAGGAGCUUGGCUUGAGGAUUUCUCCUCAGAGAUUAAGGAAGGCAGGAAUCAAAGAAGGCACCUUCUGCUUGAGAGGUGUGGACGUGAAAAACAUGGAACCUGUUCAUCUGACAAGGAAGGAACAUUUUCAGUUUUGGGGGAAGUUUGGGUGUUAGGUACGUGUUUUCCACGAGCGUGGUGCCAGUGCACAGCCAGAUCUGUCUAUUAAGAAUCACCUGACAUCUUGAAAGAUCUGAGAAUGCGAAGUUGGGUAAUUUCCAUUGGAAGAAUAGCAUAGAGGAUACAUUUCUUGUCGGUAGGUUUCAGCUUCAAGCAGUUUUUGUAGAGCAGUGCUGGUACAAAAGGUCCGCCCUCCACACCAUAAGGAAGACAAAACAAGGAAGAUCUAUUUUUUUCUUUAGACACAAAAGAGGAGCAAUGUCUUACUAAGGGGUUCAGGGGAGAUGGGAGGUUCCUGUUAUUUCUGAGAGACAGCAAUCCUCCUGAGCUACGAAGUGUUGGUGCCAACAGACUCAGGAGAACAGAGAGGGAACAAAUGGGAAGCUUAGCCAUGACAGGCUCCUCCCACUGAGAAUUCACUAAAAUCUGUUACAGAAUUGAGCGCUGUGUCCGUGUCUGCUCAUGAACUCGGUUUAUUUUAUCUGUCAGGAAUGUUUGCCGAGUUUUCAGAGUCACAGAGCCCAGAGGUCUGAGGCCUUAUCAUUUGAAGCCUUUAAUCAUUUCAGUAACCUCAGCACAUAAACGUCUGACCUCUGAAAGCACAAAGAUAAGAAUAAUGAAUGAAAAAUAUCAUUUCCCUUACAAGCCCCUUCUUCUUCUUUUAGCCCCGCCCCCGUGCGUCUGUUUAUUUUUUAUGCUUGCACUGUAAAAACAAAUCCUGCAUCCUGAUACGCUACUGUGACUGUCCGUCUUCUUGUUCAGAGUUGUCUUUUUAACCCUAGGCCCCUCCCCCUACCCUAAAACCCAGCCCCACACACUCAAGCCCCGCCCCUGUGUGUAUUUCUCUGUGGGUUUUGUGAUUUUUGCCAAAGUUGUAGCUGGCUGAAUAUUUAUACGUCACUGUGGUUGAUCACACCGCCCCCACCCGUCACUGAGCUCACUGAGGGAAUCUCUUUUUGUAACAUACAGAUUAUAAAUAGUGUAUUUAUAUCUGAGAUUGUUUUGUAUAAAUGGAUGUCGAGUCAUGUCGUCUUCAUUGGGUUUUAGACGUGUGUAUGUGGUGGUGCCACACUGAAAAACAACCAUUGUUUUGUAUCAAAAAAAAAAAAAGAAAACUUAAUGUCUUCUCACAUUUAUAGCGCUGUCAAUCAAAGCUGACCUCCAAUCAGCUCCACUGGUUUGGUUUCAGUUGUUUUUAAUGUAAAUCUUGUUUAAUG